GCUUGAGGCGGCUGGGGUCGCUCCGGGUAGCCCCGCUCCGCCCUUCCCCUCCGCGCCGCCUCCUCCUCCCUUCCCAGGCGGCGGCCGCUGGUGCUCCUGCCGCUGCGGCGGCUCGGCGGGGGCGCGAAAGGUGCCUCCGCCGCCGCUGCCGCCGCCUGGGCCUGAAACAAGAUGGCGGCGCUGGGCGGCGAGUUCUUCAGUGUGGGCAGCCAAGUGUCGUGCCGGACUUGCCACGAGCAGCGCCUGCAAGGCGAGGUGGUGGCGUUUGACUACCCCAGCAAGAUGCUGGCGCUCAAAUGUCCUUCUUCCAGUGGCAAGCCUAACCAUGCAGAUAUCUUGCUUAUAAACGUACAGUAUGUUUCAGACGUGGAAAUAAUCAACGACCGCACGGAAACUCCCCCACCUUUAGCUUCACUCAAUGUUAGCAAGCUUGCGAACAAAGCACGGAUGGAGAAGGAAGAAAAGCUGAGCCAGGCGUACGCAAUUAGUGCUGGGGUCUCUUUGGAAGGACAGCAGCUUUUCCAGACUAUACACAAGACCAUUAAAGACUGUAAAUGGCAAGAGAAGAAUAUAGUUGUGAUGGAAGAUGUCGUCAUUGCCCCUCCAUACCAAGUGGAAAACUGUAAAGGCAAAGAGGGGAGUGCCCUAAGUCAUGUACGGAAAAUAGUCGAGAAACAUUUUAGAGAUGUCGAAAGCCAAAAGGUGAUGCAGCGUACACAAGUCCAGCCGACACAGAAGGAAAGCGCUCUCUCGUCCUGAGUCCCGCCUGCCCUUCCUUGGUUGCGACAGAUUGCUCCUGCGGGGUGGGGGAUUGGGUGGGGUUGGGGGAUACCCUUCGAACAUGCAGCCGCAGAUGACACAGGCUUCUUCAGAGAGGUCGGGGGAGGACAGGGGGGUUCCACUUCUGUUCUUGCGGUGGCCCUGUAACGAUGGGACCCACCACUUCCGAACUUUAGGCUUCAAAAAAAAAAAAAAACAAGAGAAUAAUUUAAAACAUUCAUUCAUUACUUGACUAACAGGUUCUUUCAUUUCUGCCCCGCCAAGUGUUUCCCCCUAGCACAGUCAGCUGAGUUGUUGUUUUGAGUUUUCUCUCCCUCCCAGAAGUCUCUCAUCUUUUUUUUUUUUUAGCUUUACUGAAAUUGAUUCCACAUCAAUCCCUCCUGUACCAUAGGAGAAUUCAGCUCCCCAGUGUCCUCCUAUUAAAAAAUCAAAAAAACAGAGAAAGUAAAAAGAAAAUUAACAAGCUGACUGUGGUAAUGUAAUCGGGACCUUUUGUGUGACUGGCGAUAUCGUUUUGGUUUUUGUUUUGCACAGGGCAAGGCUUGAAUUAGCCUUAUUUUUCUUAUCUCAAAAUUAUAUAUAUAUAAAUAUAUAUAUAAAAUGUCCUUUAAAUAUUUUCUGCUUCUUGCAGUACUCUGAACUGGGAUCAUGGCAAAAAAAAAUCAAGCUUAAACCCAUCAGACCUUCUGCAGUGAACAUUUUCAUGCGUCAUUUCGGAGGUCGGACCACACUUGGAAACUUAAGGGAUCACUAGGUCAAACCCUGCCUGGGUUGAUGGUGGGAAGGCAAACAUACAUUUGCUCUGUAGGCUUUAUUUCCUUAGGAUUUCACAAUCCGGGUGGGUUUUUUUUCUUAAAGAGUGUUCCUAUAAAUCUGAGCUCUGUUAAUACUAUUCGAUUGACAUGGCUUUUACCUCACAGCCUGCAGUACUGUUGGAGCAGUUUUGUUCUUCUCAGAGAGCUGGGGAUUGUGGGUAUGCUAGUUUUCCCUUCCCAGGGCUCUAUGGGCUGGAGGAUGACGCAUAUUGUUGGCCUUUUGAAACCCAACCAGAGGGGUUGUGGGGGGGAGUCAUGAAAAGGCUUCGGUUAAGUACACCUGUGGGCAUGUCCAGCUCAGAUCUUCUGCAGCUUCCUCUUGAAUCAAGAAGACUGCAGGUAAAUGAACGCGGCCAGAAUGACUGUGAUGCCUUCAUCUUCUCUCUGCAGCGUGAUAAAGCGGAUGUGUUUUAACUCCUGCUCCUCCUCCUCGAGUCAGCUUGAACCAGCACAGUGUCUGUCAUUUGAAUCCUUCCAAUGGGGCAUUACUGCACGCCCAGUUUGAAAAGAAAGCCCUGCCAGUGUUAAAACGGCCUCCUGUGACUCCUGUUUUGGAUGUAACUUCCACAGGCGAGCUCGGGGGCUGUAGCUUUGGAGAAAUUAAAUGCGAAGCUGCCGCUCUGUGGUGGCGAAAAUGGUCUCUCACUCUCCUAGCUGCAAGUGGUGGAAUUCUCAUUAUGGCAUAUUCCUCUUCAUAAGCCCUUGUCUGAAAUCUCAUUCGAAGACAUCCAGACCAUUAUUUUUGUAUGUCUCUGAUCAGCCUGAGCCUCGGCCGCAGAUUUGUUGUAUGCAUUUGUCCAAUCGGCAUCUCCCAGAUUGACUGCUCAUAGUGAACUUCAUUUGCCUCUGGAGCAUGUUGGGGUGGACAAAGUAAAUGAAGUAGGCCUUGACCCAGAUGAGGAGGUGAGGAGGGUACAAAGGAUUUCUUUCUCUUUUUUUUUUUGCCAUGAUCCCUUCUCCCCCUUUCCCUUUUGUGUGUGUGUUUGUUUUUUUAAAAAAACAAAUGGAUCAAAAUUUAAAUAAUUCAAGCCCUGCCUUUCGGAAUGGAGGGAAUUUUUUUUUUUUUAGUAUUGUCUAGCAGAACCAAUAAAAAAAAACCCAGAAUUUUUUUAACCAUCAAA